UCAACUCAUAUUUGGUGUCGUUUUUGGGUGUAUUUGUCACUCAUUUUGAGUCUAUUUUAUCGUGUUUUUGGUGACAAUAUUGUGGUGAAUCUGAUCCUACGGGUGAUGUCCAGACGUGUGGCAGUAGUGACCGGCGCUAACAAAGGCAUCGGCUUUGCUAUCGUGAAGAACCUCUGCGGCCAUCCCUUCAAUGGGGACGUUAUCCUCGCCUCCAGAGACGAGUCCAGAGGUUUGGCAGCCGUUAAGGCUCUGAAUGGGUUGGGAUUUAAGCCGAUAUACCAUCAGUUGGACAUCGAUGACAACGAGUCCAUCAAUACGUUGAAGCAAUACCUGAUGGAUAAUUACCAGGGAUUGGAUGUGUUGGUCAACAACGCGGCCAUCGCUUACAAGACUGACUCUACGGCUCCCGUCGAAGAACAGGCGGACAAUACGCUGAAGACUAACUUCUUCUCCACCCGUAAUGUCUGUCAGAAGUUGUUUCCGAUUCUCAGAUCACACGCCCGAGUGGUGAACGUGUCCUCUUCGGCAGGAAUGCUGAGGAAUGUCAGAGACGAAUCUCUUAGGAAGAGGUUUUCUGAUCCCAAUCUGACGGACAAACAAUUACUGGAUUUAGUGAACGAAUACCUGAAUGAUGUCCACAGCGGCCAACACGUGCGGAAGGGGUGGCCCAACAGUACGUACAGCGCGUCCAAGAUCUCCCUCUCGGCCCUCACUUUCAUCCAACAGCGAGAACUCGAUGCGGACCCGACUCGUGAAGACAUUGUGGUGAAUGCCGUCCAUCCGGGAUAUGUGGACACAGAUAUGACGAGCCAUAAGGGGCGGCUCACUAUAGAGGCGGGAGCUGACGCGCCCUCCUAUUUGGCUCUAUUGCCCCACAACUGCAACGAACCCAAAGGCGCUAUGGUUUGGACGGACAGACAGAUUGUCGACUGGACUUCCGCUUGAAUUGCAAUAAUGUAUUGAUUAUGUUUUGCAUAGUUUUUCAUAAAA